UAAUAUUUUAGAAUUGUCUCCUAUCAUGCUCCCUUAUUUAUUUAAAAAAAAAUGUAUCAUCAGUUGAUAAAAAUCAUAUCCUUUGUUAUUAGCAAGAGAAAGAUAACUAACUUUUAUUAGGGCAUACGCAAGAUAUUAAAACGCUUCCUCAAUUUAGAUUUAGUGCUUAAUUCAUUUCAUUUCCUUCACAUUUCUUACGUUAUUGCUGUGACAUUUCGGCAUCCUCAAAAUAUUUUUCUAGAAAUGAAUCCUUGUAUUUUAGCGCAACCACCUGAAGAUGAAGUUGGUGAUGGCAGAUGGCAAAGCAUGCACAACAGAUACCUAAAUGAAGCUCAAAAUUCGGAGCCAGAGGUUCUCUUUAUAGGAGAUUCAAUCGUUCAACAGCUACAGUUCUCCACCAUAUGGGCAGAAAAAUUCAUUUCUCUGCACUGCUGUAAUUUUGGUAUUGGAGGUGACAGGGUGGAGAACGUGCUCUGGAGGAUACAGAAUGGUGAAUUAGAUUUUCAUUCCAAAUUAAAAGCUAUUGUUUUAUUUGUCGGAACUAAUAAUACUGACUGUACUCCUCAUGAGGUUUUUGAAGGAAUUCUUGAAAUCAUCAAAAAUAUAAAGCAAAAAUCAGGAAACAUUGCCAUUAUUCUACCGACUCUUCUUCCUAGAGGGCAGUAUCCAAACCCGUAUAGAGAAAGAAAUGAUCAAGUUAAUACCUUUCUUUUGGACAAAUUCUGCAAUCCCGAUAAUGCUGAUAUGCUAACACCUAAUGUGCAUGUUGUAAAAAUACAUGACAAUAUUGUCCAAAAUGAUAAAACAAUACCACAUUUCAUAUUACAUGAUUAUUUACACCUGACAAAUUCAGCUUACUGGAAAAUUUUUGGACCUGUGUACGAUAAAUUAUGUGAAGUAUUGAAAAAAUAAUUUUUGCUAACAUGAAAGUAUUUCCAUUUGUAUUUUUUUUAUGAUUUUCAACAAUUGCAGCUGUAUCAAAAAAUGUUUUAUAAGAUAUAUAUCAAUAAAGAGAUGCCAUUCA